AGCAAUCUCCUGGCUGCCACAGACAGUAUAAUUAAUGUAUUAACAAAAAACCUUUUCCGAUAAGUUAUUCGCGCAUCGAUAGCACCUCACGAAGAUCGUGGACGACUGCAUCAUGCGAUACGUGUGACAAGCACUUGGCUUAUUAACUGAUACCUGUUAAAGCAAUCCUCAUUGGGUUCCCAGCAUCAACAGAGUUAUGUUAUACUUGGUUUCAUUAACACAGACGUGUUACUUAAUCAAAUAGGUGCAAAUAAUAAACACGGGAUACCGUUUUGAGGACUGUGCAUUCAAUUAAUCUUGGAAUGUCUUAUUUAAUUGGGUCCUUAAAUCCAGAACUCGGAGAAUUUAACCACACGGGCUUUAAUGUUACUGCGGAACUGGGAGGAAAUAGUACGGGUCACAACGGUUCCUUUCUUCACCAUGACCUCGAUUAUGAGGGCUCAUACUUGGACUAUAACUUUGACUAUGAUUUAGCACAAAUUCCUUACCCAAAGGAGAAAAAAUCCGUUCCAUUUUUAGAAGCUCUGAUGAAAAUUGUAUCGUGUACAAUUACGAGUGUGGUUUCUCUGAUUGGAAACUUUCUUGUGAUUUUGGUGGUGGUGUACAACAAAAGACUGCGGACCACCACCAAUUUCUAUAUAGUGAAUUUGGCCGUGGCAGACUUGCUCGUGACUUUUUCUUGUUAUUGGGUCAGCACAGUGGACGAUUUAACAGAUGGUUGGGUUCUUGGGUCGUUCUUCUGCAAAUUCAAUGCUUUUGCCCAAGUGACCUCAUUAGUGGCAAGCAUCAUGUCGCUGAUGUUGAUAGCCUGUGACCGAUUUUUUGGAAUAGUCUAUGCCAUGAAAGCCCACGUGAUAGAACGACGAGCAUACCACAGUCUCAUCCUAAUAUGGCUCCUUUCCAUAGCAGCCGGCACCCCGAUGUUGGUGAAAAAGAAACUCAUGAGUCGAAUGUGGCUGGACUACAAUGAAGUGUGGUGUGACGAUGAAUGGGACCUUAAGACUCUAGGUAGCAGCACUGAGAAGAUCCGGCCUGGUAGGAUGGCCUACUAUACAUGUAUAUCAUUUAUACUUUACUUCAUUCCAUUAAUUGUGAUGGCUGUUGCUUAUGGUUGUGUUAUCAAGACAUUGUGGACAUCAAAGGCUCCAGGAGAAAGGACAACAAAAGACGUGAAUAUACAAACAAAGGUUAAGAGGAAGGUGGUCAUCAUGUUGGUGUUUAUCCUAGCAGUAUUUGGACUGUGUUGGAUGCCGUUACAGGUUGCAGUAUUAUACUCAGAAUAUAAACCUCUAGCUGAUACGUUGUGGGACGGAUUUGAGGACUUCUACUAUGUUGCCCAGGUUCUUGCUUUUUCCAAUAGUGCCAUCAAUCCGUUACUUUAUGCGGGGUUUAACGACAAUUUCAGAAAAGGCUUUAAACAGAUGUUCGGAUGUUACAAGAAGAAGCGUUACACGACAUUAUCGAAAGUAGAUGGUGACGAUACUUAUCAGAGUUCCUCUACAAUGACACCAGUUACCAGAAUGUAGAUCCAACCGAACAUGUAUUGGAACCUAAAACUUUUCAGCUGUUGAAAAAAAUGUACUUGUAGGAUCGUAACUGAAUAGAAAACAAACUCCAUUGCGUAUCAUGAAAACUGUCUGAAUAAUUGUCGACAACUUGUCAUAAGUUACUCCAGUUACUAAUAGUAGUGGAUCUGAGGCACGUGAUUGUACAAGCUCUAAAAUACUGUAUUUUUCGUACAUAUUGGUAAUCUCUGUUGUCUAUCAGGUGCUCCUGUACACAAACACAUUCUUCGAUAUUUAUUCAUUAUCAUCAUUAUGAUAAUUCACUAUAAGGUCUCUUAAUACCGAUAUGACAUAAAAACGAGCGAUUUCUCUUCAAUAGAAUACAAUUAUAAAAUUUCAAGCUUUUGUUAUUUUAAUUUCGAAAAAGUAUAUAUACAUCUAAAUUUUUACCUUCGAGCAACUAAAUCGGAUGACUAGUGAAUUGAAAACCUUUUCCACGAACAAAUGUCAUAAAAUUGCGCUAGUUAAAUUGCCAAUCCAAUGAGUUUAUUUGGUCAAUUGAGUUUGUUUAUACAUGUGUAAAUAUUUUAAGGUUGUAAGAUUUUCUGAAACGACGACUCUAACAAAUACGGUUAUAACAAAAUUUUGCAAGUGCAAUGGGAAAUCACAAAAAUAUUUUAUCAAAUUUCAUAUACACAGGCCAUAGAAUUGAGUAUAAAUCAGGUCUACAAGAUAAUACCAACCAAUAUGCAAUAAUACAAUAUCCAAUAUGAAUAUAAUGGACUUUUGCUAAAAUGCAAUGACUUCUGAUCAAAUAAUAAUUGGAAACAAAUCUACACGGAAGCUGUCUUUUACUAAUAAAGAUCGCAUUCUCUCCCGUGGGAAAUAGACGUUCGAAGCAGCGAGACAUUUCGCAGAUGUAUAUAUAUAUAUAUAUAUAUAUAUAUAUAUAUAUAUAUAUAUAUAUACCACCAAACAUUCUUGAGAGUUUGUGUGUACAUACCUAAUUGUAAUUUAAUCAUAUUUAAUGCCAUUAUGGAAGGAAAGAAAUUAUUGUAAUAGAUUGUUGGAUGAUUCUUGAUUUUACUGUUAAUGAAAACUAGAGUGAUAUUUCAAAAUUGCCCACGUCUAAGCCGCAUAUACUUAUUGCGUGUCAUAAGGUGAAAAUAAAAUGCAAUAUCAGUUUGAA